CAGCACAGAGUUUUGGAAAGACUGGGCUAGAAUAUUCCCUCCCACCUGAUCUCGCUUCCUCCCGCCUGCCUUUCGUCGAUGCAGAUACGUAUUUACAUGGUUACAGCAGACAACCAUCUUGUCAAUAUACUAAAUAAUCUUUUGUAAUCAUCCUGCGAUCUACCUUGACGAUGGUAGGAUUAACAUGAUGAUACUUCAACAAAUAUAUAAGCACCAGAGCAGUGAUUUCACAAGAGGAAGCAUUAGCAGACCAGAGUGAGAGAAGAAGAAACUAUGGCAGAGAACAAGAUGGGGCAAAACAUUGGGGCUGGGGCUGGAAUUUUUGCCAAACGAGUACAAAAGUCAUUGAAUCGUGCUCAGGAAAAGGUCAUGCAGAAGCUGGGGAAGAACAUGGAGACUAAAGAUGAACAGUUUGAGCAGCACUCCCAGAACCUUCUCAAACAACAGAAUGAUGGGGGAAGRCUAUUCAAAGAAGUCCAAGCAUACUUCCGUGCAGUGAAAGUGAUGCAUGAGACAUCCAAGCGACUGUCCCAGACGUUAAGAGACGUCUACGAACCUGACUGGCAGGGAGGAGAGGACCUGUCUGUCAUCAUGGAGAGUGAGGACUUGCUGUGGAACGAUUACGAAGAGAAACUAACAGACCAAAUAGUCCGCACCAUGGAGAAUUACACUGGCCAGUUUCAUGAAGUCAAGGAACGAUUGGCCAAACGCGGUCGGAAGCUAGUAGACUACGAUUCCUCACGGCACCACUUGGAGGCGCUGCAGAAUACCAAGAAGAAAGACGAUGCCAAAAUCACAAAGGCAGAGGAGGAGUUCAACAUAGCCCAGAGUGUGUUUGAGGAAAUCAACMAAGAGAUGAGGGAGGAGCUGCCUGUUCUCUAUCAAAGCCGGAUUGGCUGUUACGUGACCGUCUUUCAAAACAUUUCCAACCUGAGGGAUGUCUUCUAUAAGGAAAUAAGUGUGCUGAACCAUGAGCUUUACAGUGUGAUGAAGAAGCUGGAGACUCAGCAUUCAGGAAAAGCGUUCAUCAUCAAAGGCCUCAACGGCACCAAGUCCAAGAAGAAGAAAUCCCUGGUCAUCUCGGCACCCAUCCCCUGUAACACUGCCUUCCCCUCGGACCACACAUCCCUCCAAGCAUCCGCAGCCCCCGAAAACAGCAACGAGACCCACACCCAGAGCAUCUCUGAGGAGCACGUUUCCCUCGCAGGAGAGGCAGAUGAGGGCACUCACAGCGUCCUCACGUCAGAAACGUCCGACUUCUCAGACGAGCUGAGCUCCAAYGGCGCUGCUACGCCCAACAGACGGUCGAUGUGUGACAGCGACAACGGGGUCGGGAGCGACGUCGCGUCAGAGGGUCUGAGUGAUGUCCGAGAGGGUGGGGCUUCAGAGGAGCAGGGCCCUAGCCAAUCCGUCGGGCAAGGGCAAGUUCAAAUGUCAGAGGUGACUGGGUGUGAAGUCACAAUCAGUCAGGAGGCUCUUCCAAUGUCCACAGAGAGCGACGUCCCACAUGACACUGAGCAGGAGAGUGCACCUGUUUCUCCAGAGAAUGUUAAAGCCAAGCCCCCACCUCGUCCUGCUCCACGCUGCUCCUUCCCCCCCUCUGAGAGGCACUCCUUCCCCCCUGCGGAGGCCAGCCAGGUGGAGGAGGGAGAAGGGGCUUCCCAGGCCCUGCAGGCAGGUGAUGCAAAGAAGACUGGAAAUUACUCAGACUCCCAGAAUCCACCUGGUUUCCUUAUCAAGGGAGUGGCGCUGGAGGGUCACGCUUCAGAAGACGGGACGCUGCAGUUUGAUGUGGAAGACGUGAUUCUCAUGUUUGCCGACACAGAGGAGAAGCAGGAAAGCAUGGCGAAGGGGGUGAAGGAGAAGACCUGUAUCUAGCAGGGAGAUCUAUCAGAUUCAGAAUGAGCCAAUGGUGGCCUUUCGUUUCCUGCUGUCGUGACUCAGCACAACUGCACACAAAAUGGCAAUGGACCAAGAUGGUGUGGAGGACUUCUUAAAAAAAGCGAGAAAAAAAGAGGAACACAAGCCCCAUGUGAUUAUUACUCACAUGCUUCCAUGUCGCAACUUGUUGGUAGAUACUGAUGAGUUUCAUACCUACCGGGAGAUUUUUGCAGAAUGUUCUGGAUUGUUCACCCAUGAUUGUCUAAUCUACAGUAUUUUGCCCUUGUUUGUAUUGUUAUUGUGUAAGUCUAGAAACUGAAAUGUAUAGAAACCCUCUUUGUAUUGAUGCCGUUGAAAGAUGUAUAGUUUAAUAAAGUUAAGUGCUGAGAGCAGUGGA